UUGAUCUGGGCUGGGGGGGAGGCGGUGGCGGCUGAGGGAAGGAGGAGGAUAAGGAGGAGGAACGAGGCCAGCAGGAGGCACCGGCAGCGACGGGGCCGGGGUGAUGUUGCAGGUGCCCGGGGUCGGCGCGGAGCUGCCGGGCUGAGGGACGCCUGGUCCAGGGUCCGCAGCGUCGCCGCGUCGCUCCCGGGCGGGCGGGCGGGAAGAUGCUGAGCAGGUUGAUGAGCGGCAGCAGCAGGAGCCUGGAGCGCGAGUACAGCUGCACCGUGCGGCUGCUGGACGAUAGCGAGUACACCUGCACCAUCCAGAGAGAUGCCAAAGGCCAGUACCUGUUUGACCUUCUUUGCCACCACCUGAACCUACUUGAGAAAGACUAUUUUGGUAUCCGCUUUGUAGACCCAGAUAAGCAGCGGCAUUGGCUAGAAUUUACGAAGUCUGUGGUGAAGCAAUUGAGAUCCCAGCCUCCAUUCACCAUGUGCUUCCGUGUGAAGUUUUAUCCUGCAGACCCUGCUGCUCUGAAAGAAGAAAUAACCAGGUAUUUAGUCUUCCUCCAGAUCAAAAGGGAUCUCUACCACGGCCGACUCCUCUGUAAAACAUCAGAUGCUGCCUUGUUAGCAGCUUACAUCCUUCAAGCGGAGAUUGGGGAUUAUGACUCAGGGAAACACCCUGAAGGCUACAGCUCCAAGUUCCAGUUUUUCCCUAAACAUUCAGAGAAGCUGGAAAGGAAAAUUGCCGAGAUUCACAAGACAGAACUCAGUGGUCAGACACCAGCAACAUCAGAGCUGAACUUCUUAAGAAAAGCACAGACAUUGGAAACAUAUGGAGUGGAUCCUCACCCAUGUAAGGACGUGUCAGGAAAUGCUGCAUUUCUGGCCUUCACUCCUUUUGGGUUUGUUGUUCUUCAAGGAAACAAGAGGGUCCACUUCAUUAAAUGUCUCCUCGUCACCAUGUGUCAACUCUGUAAUAAUAGAUCCAUUCACUGGGCUGGUGGCUUCAAGGAUUUUUCUACAAUAACCCCUAAGCCCCUUUCCUGGAAUGAGGUGACCAAGCUGAAAUUUGAAGGAAAGACUUUCUAUUUAUACGUAAGUCAGAAAGAGGAAAAGAAGAUUAUUCUUACAUAUUUUGCUCCAACUCCUGAAGCAUGUAAGCACCUCUGGAAAUGUGGAAUCGAGAACCAAGCCUUCUACAAGCUGGAGAAGUCAAGCCAAGUCCGCACAGUGUCCAGCAGCAAUUUAUUCUUUAAAGGGAGCCGGUUCCGAUACAGCGGCCGAGUUGCAAAGGAAGUCAUGGAGUCAAGUGCUAAGAUCAAACGGGAGCCACCGGAAAUACACAGAGCAGGGAUGGUUCCCAGCCGGAGCUGUCCCUCCAUAACCCAUGGCCCAAGGCUGAGCAGCGUCCCCAGGACCCGCAGAAGAGCCGUUCACAUCUCCAUCAUGGAAGGCCUAGAGUCCCUACGGGACAGUGCCCAUUCCACGCCAGUGCGUUCCUCUUCCCAUGGGGACACCUUCCUGCCUCACGUGAGAAGCAGCCGGACAGAUAGCAAUGAGCGAGUAGCUGUGAUUGCAGACGAGGCCUACAGCCCUGCAGACAGCGUGCUGCCCACCCCUGUGGCUGAGCACAGCCUGGAGCUGAUGUUGCUUUCCCGGCAGAUCAAUGGAGCCACCUGCAGCAUCGAGGAGGAGAAGGAAUCUGAAGCCAGCACCCCAACUGCUACAGAGGUGGAGGCCCUUGGGGGAGAGCUGAGGGCCCUGUGUCAGGGGCACGGCGGGCCCGAGGAGGAACAGAGUGGGCAUCUGAAGGGACCACCGCUACAGCAGCAGCAGCAGCAGGGGUGGGGUAAGUCUGUCCCCUUAGUCUAGAGCCUAGUGGGCAUCACCACAGUUUUGUAUAAUGAAACUAGACUUAACGUGAUUUUUUUUUCUGAAGAACCUCAAGACUUUUAUAGUGCUCCAGGGGCGUUAAAUGAAUUCAGUGGUGCCAGAGAUAGUUCUGUCAGAAAUGUUGGACAAAGUAUGGUUAAGAGAAAGAGUUAAGUUACCUGAGAGACUGUUGAGAUUUGGAGAGCAGUGCUUAUUUUAUAUACACCCCCCGACCCAAAGACUAUUUCAAUUUAUAUUUUAACAACAAAAUGUUAUUUUCUUAACAAUUCAUAUUUUGUUUUUACUUUAUGGAUUAAGAAAAUAGACCCUGAUGAACUAAACGAUGCAAGAAAGAAACUGAUCCUGAGAAUGAAAAGCUUCAGAAAAUAGAAUUCCAAGAUCAACAGCCUUAGAAGGGACCAGGAAAAGAAUCUUUUAAAAUAGGAUUUCUAAGAGAUGCCUACAAAACACAGAAGGUGACCGUGGCAGAGACCAACACUUAGAUGUAGAAAUGCUGCCCCCUAGGGUCAUCCUCUGCGUAAGUUCUAGGAAAGCAUCACCAUCCUUGCAGAGGGAAGUCCUGGAAGCACACAGCACAGGCAUAGGAAGGGUGAGUGUGGGGUCCUAGGCCCAAGCUCUUCAACUCUAAAACCAAUCACACACAAGAUCCUGUUUUCAUCUCAGGGAGAGAUUUCUAAGUCAUCUGGGGCUUGAGGGCUUAUUUAAGGAUGGUCAAUGGACAUAUUCCUGGACCCACACAAAAGUAGAGCAGCUGCUGAUUCCCUAAUUGGACAGCCCCAAACACAGAACAGAAUGAGUCACUUGUAGAUUUGACCUCCCCUGUUUUGUCCCCUGAGAUGGUAGAACCAUGUCCGUGUUUAGAAUACAACAACUGUGGAAUAAUCGGGGCUCUUAGGGAGAGAUUUGCAUAAUUUUAAAGACAUCCUUUCAUCUGGACCAGAGGUCAAUAAACUUCUGUAAAGUGCUACACAGUAAUUAUUUUGGCUUAGCAUGCCUUGCUCUGUCACAACCACUCAAGUCUGCCAUCACAGCACAAAAACAGCCAUAAUUUGUAAAUGAAGGAACAUGGCUGUGUUCCAAUAAAACUUUAUGAAAACAGUGAGCUGAAUUUGGCCUACAGGCCAUAAUAUGCCAAUCCUGAUCUAGACAGUAAAACUGAUCCUUACCAAUGUUAGCAGAAGAGGGUCAGUCAGCUCUGUUUCCAUGCCUGACAUGUAUUAAAGAUCUGGGACCUCUUCCCAGUGGAGGCACCAGGGUUGCUUGUUUAAAGGGUGCUUGAACAACUAACCAGCAAAAAGAUGUCUGAUGCCAAAUGGCCAAGAUCAAAUACUGGAAUGCUAAAACACAGCUGGAAUCUAAGAAGGGAAGAGGGCCUCUGUGACCAUUUUCAUACCAGCAACAAUUUAGGCAGAAUUAUAAACAUCUAUUUAUCGAGUGACAAUAUAAACCGAAAGAGAUCCUAGUAGAGAUUAGGGGUCAGUUAAAACCAACUAGCCACUGCCACUUGUCAUCUACAUAGCAAAGGCUUUAUUUAGCACAGGACUAAUGUGAAAAGUAGACCCAGAGAUGAAAAGGCUGUCAGGAGACAGGGGGCUGGUGUCAACCUGGAUAUCUACUGUCUUAUGCAACAUAGAAGAUUACCUUUUAGUGUAGUGCUCCUACCUCAGUUUGUAGAAUCUGGUGUUUCUAUGCAGUGAGUGAUAGCCUCAACUCCGACCUUUCAUAUUCACAUUAGAGACAGAUGCAAUUCCAUAUCCUAGUAUGUUCCUUGUGUCUAGAGUUCUAACAGUACAGUAGUCUAUGCCAUUUCUAACAGCUAAAUUUUGCUCUCUAAACAGAAACUUUAGGGUUGUUUUUUUCCAGGGCUCAUCCCAGAAAAUAUGGAUAGAAAAGUUUCCUUCAGUUUGCUUUUCAAAUAGUGCUUGAAUAAUAAACCUCCUUUGGUGAUUAGUCUUUUUUGGUAUAUCUCCACCAUUAAAAAUUGUUCAAGUUUUUAACCUGGUUAUACUGUGUUCUAACAUGUCUCUCAUUUUCUCUCAAAAUUAUUUUAUCUCAUUGUAGAAAAAGCACUGGUUUUCAUAGCUUCAUCUAUCAGAGGAAAUAAAACUCUUACUAAAGAAUAGUGUACUGCA